AUGCUUCCAGGCGUGGCCUUUUACGAGGCCGUCGCGACCGUUCUCGAUGCAGCGUGGUCGAAGCUCGACGACUCCCCGCACGUGAACGACGGCAUGUCCUGGAUCUACUACGACAACAUCCAGUGGAUCUCCAACGCCUCGAACGUCGUCAAGAUCGCAUGGGCCGACGUCCAGCCGGCCUUUAAGAAGCCCGCGCACAUUGACACGGCAACAUACACCGGCGUCGACUGGACGAAGCCCUUUCCUGGUGAACCAAUCGACGGCUACCAGGCCCACCUGCGCAUCGCGAACGACGUCCUGUUCCCGGAGUCGGUCGAUCAUGGCGUAGUCACCGAGCUAGCCGCCAUAACAUACAGCCUCCCGGAGUCCAUGAUGCAGGAUGGGCUUCCCAAGCCCAUGGACCCUUCGUGGUACAUCUGCCAGCACUACAUGGUCACUAACAAGGUCGACCCCACCAAGCCCGUGGACCACGACUGCGGGUUCCUUCCGGACGAAUGCCGCGCCGACCUCGAGAGCAGUCUCACGGAGGAAUGGGGCAUCCACGGCGUCGAAGGGCUCUGCAGUAGGUUCGCUCUCGAGUAUGUGCCGCUGAGCUGCCAAGAUUAUCUAGGUUGGAUCACUGAAGACGUUACGGCGUACGGGUCGGAGCUUCUCAAGGACGCGGACGUGGCCAAGGCAGCCGUUCUAGAGGAGGUCUCCCAAGGCUCGUGGAUGCUCGGAACGGGAUACGUUGACCCCGGGAACGUCACGGCUUACUACGCCGCCUCGAAUCGGACGUAUAUAGUCGGCACGGUCUUCGGCUACAGGUUCAGCGUGGAAGAGGAAAGGAGGCAGACCCCCACGCUGUCUCUCGCCUGCCUUCGCCCCGAAUGGGUGGAACCGCCGCAGUCUACCGCCACAGCAGAUGCCGACCCAUUCGUCUUCGGCUCAUUUUCUGGGCCUUGA